AUGGCAAACACAACUCAACCUGCCCGAAGUUGCGUUCUGAGAGUUGGAAUCAAGUGCUGCAAAGGUUGCCAGACAAAUGCAAAGAGAAAGUUACUCGGUGUUUCUGGGGUGACUGCAAUUGAGUAUAACGCAGAACAAGGGCUCCUAACAGUCUCAGGUGACCCCAACCCAGCUAAGUUGCUUCAAAAGCUUGCCAAAUGGGACAAAAACGCAGAGCUUGUAUCUCUUCCUGGAGAAGUCUCUGCCCCCGCUCCUCCUAUAACCCCGCAACUGAACCAGACCAAGAGGAUGGAGAAGAGGCCAACAAAGUGUUUUCUUCUGAGGUGUUUCAGGAAUCCAAGGACUAAGGAAAAGGUUGAGCCUUAUCGAGCAGCAGGGGAUGAAAACGGCAGCCCAACGCCCUUCAUCAACACUGUUACGCCUCCAAUGGUCUAUCCUCCUCCUCAAGCAGUAUCUGGCUUCGCAACACCCAUACCAUACCCUCCUCCAUGUUUUGGGGCAAGCCAACCACCAUCAUACACAUACACUUCUGGUAUGUUCCAGUCACCUCCACCACGUUCCCCACCAACUUUCCAGCUAAGAAAGACACAAUUUCCACAGAUGGUCAACUACCCGCACCACUGAGCUCGAAUAACAGACGCAUGCCUGCUUCUUUUCUCUUUGGCUAAGUGAUACAACACGUUAGAGAUCCGAAGAAAUUCUAUAAUUUACAGCUUUUGAAUAACAACACAAAAGUAUCCAGAAUAUUUGUCCAUGCCUAUUUUUGGUUAUGAAUGCCUAAUAAGAGAAUUAUAUUGAACAACAUCAACAACAAGAAGGCUUGCAAUUAUGUAGGUUCCUUCUGUGGUAGGCCGCAAGAAUCAGUGAUUAGAUAGUUAUCAAGCUAAUAAUAAUACGUGAAUAUGUGAGUAA